AUGGCUAUUGAUUCGGGGGCAGUAGUAUCAGUGAUGCCUGAGGAUGUUUUCCUCCGGCUUUACCAGGGGCGAGUGCCUAAGCUAAGGGAGAGUAAAAUGAGAUUGAAGACUUAUACUGGUCAAUGUAUUGAAGUUUUGGGAGAGUUUCAGGCAAAUCUUUCGGCUGGAGAUGAGUCGCAUGUUCUGCCGCUGGUGGUUGUACGGAAUGAGCAACCAAAUCAACCUUCGCUUUUGGGGCGAAACUGGUUGGCGAGACUUAAGUUAAACUGGAGGGAGAUCAUGAGGAACUGGCAACCAAAGAGUGGGACUGUCAUGCAGCUUGAAGGUAGGAAUGUUCCAUAUACAUCUACUUCUAGUGUUGAGGAUUUAAAAUCAAGAUUUCCUACUGUUUUUGAGCCUGGUAUAGGAACAAUUAGAGAUAUUAAAGUAAACCUAGUGUUGAAAGAAAAUGCCAAUCCGGUCUUUUGCAAGGCUCGUAACGUACCAUAUGCGCUGCAGGAUGCGCUUGAGAAAGAAAUCGAUAACUUAAUCAGGAAUGAAGUGAUGUAUCCUGUGACCCAAACUAAUUGGGCCACUCCUGUUGUUUUGGUUGAAAAGGGUAACAACUCUAUUAGAAUUUGUGGCGACUUUAAACAGACAAUUAAUCCUCAGUUACGCACAGAUUAUUAUCCACUCCCUACUCCAGAUGAGAUUUUUGCUAAAAUUGCUGGUUCAAAAUUGUUCUCAAAAAUUGAUUUGUCAGCUGCAUAUAAUCAACUUAGAGUAGACGAAAACUCUCAGGAGCUUCUAACGAUUAAUACGACUAAGGGUUUAUUUCGUUAUUCUCGCCUCCCUUUCGGAGUGAUAAGCGCUGGGGCCAUUUUCCAAUCCGUCAUGGACAAGAUUUUGAAUGGGUUGGAUAGAACAUUUUGCUAUCUAGAUGACAUUUUGAUUGUGGCUCAAACUCAUGAGGAAAUGCACCGAAAUGCGGUUGCAGUAUUGUCGAGACUAGAGCAUUAUGGGGUAAAAAUAAACCCCGCUAAGAGUGAAUUUUUUAAGGAUAGCCUAAUUUUCUUAGGGCAUAGGCUAAGUGAAAAUAAAAUACAGCCUAGUGAAGAACUGUCUAAAGCUAUUGUUAGUGCUCCCAGGCCAGAAAAUUUGACACAGCUACGAUCCUACCUGGGGUUGAUCAAUUAUUAUAGUAAAUACCUCAACAACUUGUCUAAUUUGUUUCAACCAUUGUAUGGUCUGCUAAACAAGGGGGUCAAAUGGGGUUGGUCUGAACAGUGUGAGGAAGCGUUCCAGAAGAGUAAGGAGCUUUUGUUAGGAGAUAGAGUUUUGAUUCCAUACGACCCAAAGUUAAAAGUGAUUGUAUCAGCUGAUGCCAGUCCUUAUGGGGUAGGAGCGGUUAUCUCACACCAAAUGCCUGAUGGGUCUGAGCGACCCAUAGCCUAUGCUUCCCGAACACUAACGGUGCAUGAAGUGAAAUGUUCGCAAAUAGAGAAGGAGGCCCUCGCUUUAGUGUUUGCAGUAAAAAAAUUUCACAUUUUCCUUUAUGGCAAGAAGUUUCUUUUGGCUACUGAUCACAGGCCUUUGACGUUUUUAUUAGGCCCUACCAGGAGUAUACCUACCUUAGCCGCUGCCCGUGUACAACGUUGGGCUCUGAUCCUAUCGGCCUAUGAAUAUGAGAUUGUUUACAAGAAGGGUUGUGAUAUGGCCAAUGCCGAUGGGCUUUCAAGGUUACCAUGCCAAAAUGAGAAGCCGGGACCGGAAAACACAGUUGCGUUUUUGUCCAUAGCAAACGAACUACCGGUUACUGCCAAAGAAAUUAGUACAGCAACUCGUUACGACCCGAUCUUGUCAAAGGUUCUUGAUUUUACGAUCCAUGGAUGGCCAGAAUACGUAAGCAACGAACUUCUGAAACCGUAUGUUGUGAGGAGCCAUGAAUUGUCCGUGGAUGGAGAUUGUGUUUUGUGGGGGAGGAGAGUUAUUAUCCCGGAACCGUACCGGAAAGAAAUCUUGUUUUUGCUACACAAAGAGCACCCUGGAGGCUCAAGAAUGAAAAACCUGGCACGAGGGUAUGUAUGGUGGCCGAAAAUGGACUCGGAUAUUGAAGAGCUGGUUAAAGGCUGUGGAAUUUGCCAAUCAACUCGCAACGCUUUGCCCCUUGCCCCAUUACAGCGCUGGUCUUGGCCUAACCAGCCCUGGCAGAGAGUCCAUGUGGAUUUUGCGUCUUUCCAUAACAAGGAAUUCCUAAUUCUGGUGGACAGUUACUCUAAGUGGCUGGAAGUGUUUCAAAUGCAAACGACAACAUCGGCAAAGACAAUUGAAAGAUUGAGAUCUUGUUUUGCGGUAUUCGGACUGCCUUGUACUCUGGUGAGUGAUGGAGGACCUCAAUUGAGAUCCCAGGAAUUUGAAGAAUUCUUAAAGGCAAAUGGCAUUUUGCAUGUAGUUAGUCCGCCUUAUCAUCCGGCUAGUAACGGCCUCGCUGAGCGUGCUGUCCAAACUACUAAGAACACCUUUUUGAGACAAAUGCUGCAAGAUGAAAUGUCUAAAUCUAAAAGGUCCGUUCAACAUCGCAUUGAUAGUUUUUUAUUUGUGUAUAGAAAUACACCACAUACAGCAACCGGUUGUUCCCCAGCAGAAAUGUUUUUCAAAUUCAAGCCUAGGACUCAUCUUUGUUUGUUAAAGCCACAUUUGGAAGCUAAGGUCAACGAAAAUCAAGAACGUAUCAUUCAGACAAGGAACAAGGGGGUAACUCCCAGGAACUUUGAUGUGGGACAAAAGGUAUUCGUAAAAAGCGUCAGGAAUGAAAGGUUAAACUGGCUGCCUGGUAUUGUUGCAAAAAUUGUAAGUCCCAUGACCUAUUUAGUGAAGACCGAGGGCCGUACAAGAUUUGUUCAUGCCGACCACUUACGUGAGAACCAUGUGGUGUCAGAGGAUGAAGAGGAUACAAUAAUUCCAUGCCCUAUACCAACUACGCAAAUUAUUAAAUCACCCCCUGCAAGGCUGGAUGUAGGAAUUCCUGUACCUAUUACUCAGCCAGAGACAUCUGAUGUGCAAGAAAGUGUAUCCCCAUCCAACGAAGUCAAGAAUAAAAGUCCAGGCCCGCAUAAGAGUCCUAAGGUGCUUUUGCGUCGAUCUCAAAGAGAGUGGCGAGCGCCUACAAAAUUAGAUUGGUAA